AUGGCAGCCGGUCAAGUAGAACACCGUACUUUGGAGAGCCGAGACAAUAGCUUCUUUUGGGGAGAUGGUCUGCUUAUAAUGGAGGAAGCAAGCGAAGCUGAGCAAAGUAAACUGGUUUUCAAACUGGGCAAAUCGUUUUUGGAGACUUAUAAUAAUAAGAAAUGGUCUGUAAGGCUCUGUUUUGGCUGUGGUCGUGAAGGCGAACUCAAAUUUUUUCGAGAGGUAUUCCUCACUCCACAGAGUAAGCCAGACCAAUGGAGGGAAGUGACUAUCGGGAGGGCGCCAGAAAUCUUGAAAUGGUUCGAUGACAGUUCUGAUUAUGAAGCCCUUUACUUCAAAGUAAUUUUAUUGCAUCAAGUAUUUGGAGGUACUGUCAUGAUCGGUCUAGACCGUGAAUUAGAUGUUCUGAAAAAAUCGAUGCGUCGAAUGCGUACCACAAUUGACUGUUUCCAACCUCGCUCGAUGGAUAUCACUCGUCUCGUCUUUCAUCCAAAGCGUGGAGGAAUUGUUAAGAAUCUAUAUGUUCCAAGUCAUAUACUUACAAAGUAUGAAUACUUUCAAUUAUUGCACUCUCAAGACUUUUCUGAAACCUUACAAACAGAUGAAUCUUUAUCUCUAUCGGAAGAUCCAGUCCCACAAGAUGUGGGAGAGUUGUUUGCUGAAGAUUCUGAUGAUGAAUGGGACAUUGAUGAAGAUCCUCGCGAACCACAAAAAGGAGAUACAUUCAAAGCCACCAUUCACAUCAGGGAUACAGCUCGGCGAACUUAUCAGGCAUUUCUAGACUAUGCUUUUUGCGGGGCUCUGUACUUUGCUCCUCUUCGGUCUACGUACCGACAAUUUCAGCAAGAGUGUCAAGUCGAUAUUUUACCAUUUCCUCCAUGCGGUCCCCCGUGGCCUCCUGCUUGGCCUGUGUGGGCCACAUCUUUUAGUAUGUCUCAUACUAAUGUACCAGGGUACAAAACUAUCACAAGCCCCAAGAGCUUAUAUCGCUUGGCCGAUAUGUUAAUAAUUCCUGAAUUGAAAGCCAUAUGUCGAAAACGGGUUACACAUUCCUUGAAGGUUGAUACUGUGGUAUCUGAGAUUCUGAGCCCGAUGUUUCAACGACAUCAAGAAUUACGUAUGUCGGCUUAUGAGUUUGUACAAAAAAAUUGGAAAUCUAUUGUACAAAAAGGUGACAUGAGUAAGAUAUUUAUUAAUUUAUCACCUGAAGAAGCAGCACUUCUUAGUGAAACUGUGUUUAAGAAUCUCAUCACAUCUCCGAAAACUAAGAGCUAG